AAACAGACUAAUAAAUAAGCAAUCAGAAGUGAACCCAGUGACUUUAAAAAGAAAAGAGGAGGAAGAAAAGAGACAGGCAGCUGAAAAGAGAAAUAGCAGCUGCGAUAGAGGAAGUCCUCUCCUGAUUUCCUCUCAGCGUGCCUGCUCAAAUGCUGCUGUCUGUAAAAGAGAGAUUCAUGAAUACACACAUUUACACACAGUUGGUAAAUCUGAUGUGCAUGACACUGACUUGAAAAUGUGUUGAGGGAGGGCCUUGACAUGCAAAUGUGUGUUUAUAAACAGAGUUUUAGAAAGAUUUAUAUUAAGCAAAAUGCACACACAUACACACACACACACAUAUUCAUAACUCAAUUUUGAUGUGUAAAUAAGUCAUAAAACAAUUCUGAAUGAGGAAGAAUGGAGAAAAGGCUGGAGACGUAAAGAGAAGGAAACAACAGCAGCCGUCAUAUACAACACAAGCAUCACAUGCAAGAUUCUCAGCACAGAUCAGGAAGUGAUUCUGUGAGCCUGUUUUCUUAUCCGUUUGAUUAUGUGUGUGUUGGCAUGUGUGUGUGUGUGUGUGUGUGUCUGAGAGGCUACUCUCUCUAGUUCUAUAAUGGUACCUUCAUCACAGAAACUCCACUAAUCACAUAUGGACUCCAUCUUGAAGCUACAACAUGGGAUCCAGACUAAAGGAAAAUCCAGAAAGGACGUUUUACUGGUUCUUUCAAGCCUCAUGCCCCAUCGCCAGAGACAAGGAUCCUGGGCUGCUGUUUCAUUUCCCAGAGGACUUCAGUGAUGAGGAGUGUUUGCAAUCCCUUCCUCGAUUCUGCUUCCCAUAUGAUAUAGAGAGGGUGAGGGAUGGCAUAGCUGUGCAGCACUUUACAUUUGCAUUGACUGACCUCGAGGGAUGUCAGCGAUUUGGGUUCUGCAGACUCACUUCCAGCUCCCAGACCUGCCUCUGCAUCCUCAGCUACCUGCCUUGGUUCGAAGUCUUUUAUAAACUGUUAAAUAAUCUGGCAGACUAUGUGACAAAAGGCCAGACGAGUGAGAUGAGAGAGUUACUGGCAACUCUUUACAAACACCCCGUGCCGCUGGCCAACAGCUUAAACCCUCUGCAGCUGAUGCCGUACUUCAUCGCUCCUGAUCCAAAGGCUUUACCGUCCAUUCCAGAGAGUAGGAACCUGACAGAGCUGAUCGUGGCUGUAGAUGUGGGGAACCUCCUGCAGCUGUACGCCAGCAUGCUUUUUGAGAGACGUAUCCUCAUUUGCUGCAGUAAACUCAGCACGCUGACCGCGUGUGUACAUGCAUGUAGCAGCAUGCUCUUCCCCAUGUACUGGCAGCACAUCUUCAUUCCUGUCCUACCACCACACCUGCUGGACUACUGCUGCGCUCCAAUGCCGUACCUUAUUGGAGUUCAUUCCAGCCUGAUAGAGAGAGUGAGGAGUCGUGCUCUGGAUGAUGUGGUCAUUCUGAACGUGGACACGAACACUAUGGAGUCUCCUCACGAUGACCUGAAGAAGCUCCCAACAGAUGUGGUGACAGCUCUGAAAGUGAGGCUGAAGCGCCAGGCUGGAUUUACAGGCCCCGGUGUAGCUAAAGCAUUUCUCAGAGCUCAGGCUCUGCUGUUUGGAGCAUACAAAGAUGCUUUACAGUACCCUAGUGGACAACCCGUGUCAUUCAGUGAGGAGUUGUUUCUCACACACAGAUCUCCCAGCAUGAGGCAGUUCCUUGAAAGUGCCAUUCACCUGCAGUUUUUCAAACAGUUUAUUGAUGGGCGUCUAGAGAUGCUCAACCAAGGAAAAGAGCCAGACGACCUGUUUGAGGAGGAAAUACAGCAGUGUGGCGCGUCCUCAGGUGGCUCAAAAUCUUACCAGCAGUGGAUGGGGAACCUGAAGAAAGGAGGAGGAUCUCUCAUUCUGACAGUCAAGUCCAAAGCGCAGAUGUACAAAAACGUCACAUGUCAUAGCAAGCUGAAGAAUCUUAUUUCACCAAAGGAGCAGAAACAGGUUCACACACUCCAGCGAGGAGGGUCUGUGUGCGGGACACACUCGUAUCGCUUCAGCAAAUCAGAAUGCCUUCAGAACAGAUUACCGAUCACACAGCAUUUCGGAAAGUCCCGUCCUCGCAGGCCCACACGCAAUGCAUCCGUCCAGCAGGGGGAGGAAACACCACAAGACAACAGUGGCAACUGGGGAGAGGAGAGUCAUGUAGAGCUGGCUUCCGAUGACCUGACAGAGGAGGAAGAGCUCUCCAUGAUGGCUGACCUUGAGGAGAUGGACCUGCUAGGGGAGAUCUUCGACACCUUAAACACUCAGAGCUCCAGAGAGCCGGGCCUGCUGUACAGCACACGCAGCCUCGAUGUCUUCACCUCUGACUGCACCGACUUCAUCAACAGAAGGAGCUUGGCCACACCCAGUCAGGAGAGCUUGAGUCUUUCCACUGGGAACAAUGGCAGUCUGAUGAGCUGGGAGGAAGGGCUUGAAGAAGGGCCAGAUAAAGAGGAAGAGGAGUCUGAUCUGCCAAGUGAUGAACCAGAGAGGGACAUGAAAGAUGGAGUAAGAGAGGGUCACAAUAUGUCAGGGGAGGAGGAGCCAGGUGUGGAUCUUGGAAGGUUAGUGGAGGAUCUCGUGGAUCUAAGGCAGGAACUUGAAGAGGAGCUGAAAGAAAACUGUAAGAAAACUAGCAGAUCAUCCAGAGAAAAUCAGGAGGAAACUAGCAGAUUAUCCAGAGAAGAUCAGGAGGAAACUAGCAGAUCAUCCAGAGAAGAUCAGGAAGAAACUAGCAACUCAUCCAGAGAAGAUCAGGAGGAAACUAGCAGAUCAUCCAGAGAAAAUCAGCAGGAAACUAGCAGCUCACCAGGAGAAAGUCAGGAAAGAACUGGGCGAUCCAUACCAGAUGAUGAUGAUAAUGGGGAAAGUAGUGGAGCUCAGGAGCAGCAAGUAAAAGAGACAAUAAACAAAACACACAAUGCAGGGCACCAAGAUCUAACUCAGGAGGACAACAACCCAGGGAGUCUACCUAGAAAUUCUCCCCACGAAAAGGAGCUCCUUGCUGAGGAACAACUGAAUGCAGAUACAUUGGUUAAUGCAGUCAAAAAAGAUGAGGAACAAGAAGAGUGCAGAGACCAGUCAACUCCUAAAGUGCUCUCCAAAGUGGCCCUGUUCCAGGUCAAGGCCUACCAGACAAAGGGCUCACCCGAGACUGUAAGGCCCAGCUAUGGCCACAAAAUCUUAGAUACAUCUCCAAAGAUCUCUCCAAGAGGUCCUGGAGGCGUUUGGGUGACCGUGAAUACAAAAACGGAUGACUCGACCAUAAAAUCCCCAACCACGUCCAAUGUAUCAGACACAGCCACAGAGGACGAAGACUUGCCACCACCUAAAGUGUCUGAACUUAAAAAGAGAUUUGAGCAGUGAUUGACUGGAGGGAUAAUGUCAUGCCCAUGCUAAUGCUAGAUGCCAGAGAUGCCCACCUUUACUUGGAGGGACCACAGGGAUGUAAAAUGAACAAAAACAAAAUCAGAUAUCUAGUUGGCUCAAGCACAUCAUACUAUUAAUGUGUAACCUAUUAAAGUGUGGUCAAUGCAGUACUCACUCCACCAGCGCACAACGAUCCUGCUGUUCAAACCAGUUUGCAAAACUGAACAUUCAAAGCACAUUUAUUUUGUCCGUUUUUAAAACAUUUUCUUUCAAAAUAAAUUUUAUAGACUUUGAAGCUGUUAUUUUUUUCCUCAGACAGUAUAUUUACACGCAUUGAUGAUAUGGUUCACCUGAGGGAAAACAAAAAGUUUCUGAAAUUGUCUAAUGAAAUAAAUCAAGGAGUGCAUCAGUUCUGGAAAUCUGGAAAGCAGAGGUUAAAGUAGCACAAAUCUUUACUUAAUUAAGAGAGCCAUUGCUCUUUUAAAAUAAAUAAGUAAAAUUUACAUACACCACCACAUUCUUCACCUAGUUAUGGUAGAAAACUUAAAAACUCAAAAAUGUACUUAAUAUAUAAUGAAAGUAAAAGUAGAAGAAACUUCACAAAAGAAAAAGACAUUUGCCCCAUUUUCAAAUCAAUCAUACACUGAUUUUAGUUACUCAAGGAAAAUUAUUGGCACUUUCACCAAGAAACCAAGGAACAUGGGAAAAUAUUUGCUAAGUCUAACAAAAUGAAGUCUUACUAAAAUUUGGUCUUGGCCAUGUACCAGUUAAGGCUCCUCAUCAUACAACUGCUCCCUACCAGGGAGGGUGGAGGCUAUCACGUGCUUCCUCUGAGCCACCUGCAUCUUUUCAAACUGCUGCUCAUGCUGCAUCCAAAAGCAACAUUUGAAUGAAGAUUUUCAGAAAAGGUACAACGCAAUAAUGCAACAAACCAAAUCAGCGCAAAUGAUUCCUCGGACGAAUCCUGUGGUGCGUGUGGUGCGACAUUCUUUGGUUCCCCACGCACAACUUCAGUUCCUACCUGCAAUUAGCUCAUAUGUACAGUUUGACAUGCAAAAAUGUAUGAAAAACCUGUAACCCUGGUUUCAUCUUAUCCUUUCAUAUACAACCUCUAAUUAAAUGUGUGUAAACGUGUGUACAUUAUGGAGAAAAAUAAAGCUCAGAAGGAAUUCAGAAGA